AUGGCUCGUGUACGUAAAGAUUUAUCGUUUGCUCAAAAAUUAGAAAUUCUGGACAAAAUUAAAUUACAGCUACCAGGCUGUAAUAUACGUCGUCUUUCGGAAAUUUUAGGAGACCAUUUUGAUGUAGUAACGGUUUAUUCCGUUAAAACAUGGCUUCAGAACUUAGCUUUUUUAACAGAUAUAACGGCUCAUUUAAACACUUUAAAUGUUGAACUUCAAGGAAAAGAUGGGACAAUAAUUGAGUUAUUGAGUUCUAUAAAUGGGUUUAAAUCGAAAUUGAUAUUACUCAAGUCACAAUUAAAUGAAUCUAAUUUGAAUAAUUUUCCAAACUUAAAAGAUUUUUUUGAAAAGCAAAAAUGUACAGUGACAGUGGCAAUAUAUUGCUCUGAGGUUGAAAAAGUGUACAAUGAAUUUGAAAGACGAUUUAAAGAUAUUCAAAAAUUAGAGCCGAUUAUUACAUUUAUGUCUUUUCCUUUCUCCGAAACAAAUACUCGAGGUUCUGAAACAGAUUUUUGGAAUUUUCUGAGUGAAGAAAAAUAUCCGGGUUUGAGAAAUGUAGCUUUGCAGUUACAUAGUUAUUUUGGAUCUACAUAUUUGUGCGAAACAUCAUUUUCUCACAUGAAAAUGAUAAAAACAGAAUUUCGAUCUACGCUCUCUGAUGACCAUUUGGAGCAGUGUCUUCGAUUAACAGUUAGCAACUAUUCUCCAGAUUACGACCAAUUGGUCAACGACAUGCAAUGCCACACUUCAACAAUGGCCAGAUCAACAAAAUAA